ACACGCCCUCUUACCCCGUAAACAGAUCCGAUCCGCGAGCACAGACACACCUGCCAACACGCGAGUCUCCGGGGCUGGAUUUCAUCUCCAUGGCAACAAGCAUGGAAGGCCAAGAGUUGGUUCCAGCAGGAAUUCUGAAGAGCCACAAUGAAGUGCCAGUGAAUAAUGAGUAGCACCUACUGUGGGAAUUCUUCAGCUAAGAUGAGUGUCAAUGAAGUCUCAGCGUUCUCGUUGACUCUGGAGCAAAAAACUGGGUUUGCCUUCGUUGGGAUUUUGUGUAUCUUCUUGGGACUUCUUAUUAUCAGAUGCUUCAAAAUUCUGCUAGACCCCUAUAGUAGCAUGCCUUCUUCGACAUGGGAAGACGAAGUGGAAGAGUUUGAUAAGGGGACAUUUGAAUAUGCACUUGCGUGAGAUUUCCAGGUUCAUACUUUUUAUGAUGAUGCCAUUGAGACACAUGGCAGAUGCACUUGUAAUUACCCUGACUGUGCAAGAGAGAGGUUCGUUUCAUUUACUGCAUUCAAUAAAC